CCUGCGAGGCUGGCUGAGGAUGUACUACAGGGGGAAGAGGGUUGUCGGAGUUUAAGCUGGUCGGCAUGCAGUGGACCAGGCUCGGGGAGUGAAUUUCAGCUUAUUAUUUUUUCAGGGAACCGUGAAUUCCGCAGGCGGACACAGAGGGGAAAUGAGCAACAGGAUGGAGGGUUCGGCGGGACCGGUCGCCGGAGCGAACGGACCCGUCCCGGCGCCCAGAACCCCGACGGACGCCAGCCUCGGCCCGCCCCUGUCCCCGGAGGAGCUGGGGGACGAGCAGCAGUCGUCCCUGACGGACGUCACUCAAAUGUGGAUUAAAUUUGCCAAGACCUUCGCCGUCAUCCUCCCCAUCUACAUCCUGGGAUACUUUGAGUUCAGCUUCAGCUGGGUCCUGAUCGGACUCGCCACGGUCUUCUACUGGAAGAAGAACUACGGCAGUAAGGACUACAGGAUAAACCGCGCCUUGGCGUUCAUGGAGCACGAGGAGAAGGUCGUGAGGCGAAGUCUCCCGACGACUGAGCUGCCCCCGUGGGUCCAUUAUCCAGAUGUGGAGAGAGUGGAGUGGCUGAAUAAGACGGUGAAGCAGAUGUGGCCGUUCAUCUGCCAGUUUGUGGACAAACUGUUCAGAGAGACCAUCGAGCCGACGGUGAAGAACGCCAACCCCCACCUCGAAAGCUUCUGCUUCACCAAGAUCGACAUGGGCGACAAGCCGCUCAGAGUGAACGGGGUGAAAGUUUACACGGAAAACGUGGACAAGAGGCAGGUCAUCAUGGACCUGCAGAUCAGUUUUGUGGGGAACACCGAGAUCGACGUGGACAUCAAGAAGUACUACUGCAGGGCUGGAAUCAAGAGUAUACAGCUUCAUGGAGUGAUGAGAGUGGUGAUGGAGCCUCUGCUGGGGGACAUGCCUCUGAUCGGAGCCCUGAGCGUCUUUUUCCUCAGGAAACCUUUGCUGGACAUCAACUGGUCGGGACUCACGAACAUGUUGGACAUUCCCGGUCUCAAUGGUUUGUGCGACAACAUCAUCCAGGACAUCAUCCACAGCAGCUUGGUGUUGCCCAACCGGAUCACCAUCCCUCUGGUGCAAGAGGCACAGCUGGCCAAACUCCGCUUCCCCACGCCCAAGGGCGUCCUGAGGAUCCAUUUCGUCGAGGCCCAGGAGCUGCUGGGUAAAGACAAGUUCCUGGGGGGGCUCAUCAAAGGCAAGUCGGACCCGUACGGAGUCAUCCAGGUCGGGACGGACCUCUUCAAGAGCAAAGUCAUCCACGAGACGGUCAACCCGAGGUGGAAUGAGGUGUACGAGGUGCUGGUGUACGACCACUCUGGAACCAGCCUGCAGAUCGAGCUGUUUGACGAAGACACCGAUAAAGACGACUUCCUGGGAAGAAUGGCGAUCGACCUGGUGGAGCUCCAGAAGGAACCGGUGGUUGAUGAGUGGUUCCCAAUGGAAGAUGUGGCCUCAGGGAAGCUGCACCUUAAGCUGGAGUGGCUGUCUCUGCUGCCCACGCCCGAGAAGCUGGAGAAGGCGCUGACGUCCGUCAAAGCCAACCGCGGCUCAGCCAGCGACGGCCUGUCGUCUGCGCUGCUCAUCGUCUUCCUGGAUUCAGCCAGAAACCUGCCGAGCGUCUUCGAGGGGAACCUGGGCUCUGGCUUCUUAAAAGAGAGGCGGGCGGCGGGCCUCGUGUUUUGCGAGAACACCGCUUCCCUCUAUAGGACCUUAUUUCGCAAUCCCUUAGAGUUCAACCAAGCGGGGCUGAAGAAGGCCUCGGUCAGUAAGGCCAUCAAGUCUGGUAAGAAAGUGACCAGUGAUCCUAGUCCGUUAGUCCAGUUCACCGUGGGACACAAGUCCUUCGAGAGCAAGACCAGGUACAAGACCAAUGAACCAGUGUGGGAGGAAACCUUCGCCUUCACCAUCCACAACCCCAAAACACAAGAGCUGGAGGUCGAGGUGAAGGACGAGAAGCACGAAUGUUCGCUGGGGACGCUAACGGUGCCUCUGGGCCGUUUGCUGGAGGAGCCGGAGAUGACGCUCAACCAGCGCUUCCCCCUCAAGAACUCAGCGCCGAGCUGCACCCUGAAGAUGAAGAUGGCUCUGCGGGUGUUGUAUCCGGAUAAGGAGUUGUCCUCCAACUCGUCCACCCCGUCCUCGGUGCAGGUCCGCAGGUCCAGCUCGUCCCAACCGACCAGCCCGACCCCGCGGCCCUCCGUCUCCUCCCAAUCCCCGAAACCUCCGCCUUCCAACACGGACAUCGCCGAAUCAGCGCCGGUGUCACCCCAGGACCUGCUGAACCGACGCAGGGAGCAGGCGGAGUCGGUGGUGAAGUCUCCAGGAAGCACAGAAUCGGGGCAGAGUGGAGGAGUAGGAGGAGGAGGAGGAGGUGUGGGGGGAGGUCAGAGCCUGGCGGAGACCGGGAGGAGCUCCUCCAACCUGAACAUCUCAGGCUCCCAGCAGUACCUGGCCGGAGGCAAGGAGCCGACGCCCAGCAUCGCCUCGGACAUCUCCAACCCCUACGCCGCUCAGGAGCUGCAGCAGAGGCUCCAGCUGCUGCACAACGGUUCAGGCCCCGGACAUUUCCCACUCGGUGAGAUCCAGCUGACGAUCAGACACAGCUCCCAGAGGAACAAGCUCAUCGUAGUCGUUCUCGGCUGCAGAAACCUGAUCUCGUUCACGGACCAUGGCUCGGAUCCUUACGUCCGUCUCUACCUGCUUCCUGACAAACGGAGGUCGGGCAGGAGGAAAACUCAUACGAUAAAGAGAUCCCUCAAUCCUGUCUUUGAUCAGACGUUUGAGUUCAGCGUUUCCCUGGUGGAGCUCCACAGACGGACUCUGGACGUAGCAGUGAAGAACGGCGGAGGUCUGCUCUCCAAACACAAAGGCCUUCUUGGCAAGGUUCUGGUGGAUUUGCCUCCGGAGGAAAUAAGCAAGAGUUGGACACAAUGGUAUGAGCUGAGCGAGGACGGCCUGAAGAGGCAGCACCAACUAUAAAAACCCUUCAUCGCUAUCGUCACCGUCAUCAUAUCACCACACUUCCACUUUAUACACUUCCACGUACCGUACGACAUGUUUUUAUUUCCAUUACUUGUAACUGUAAAAAAAAAAGAGAAAAAAAAAGAAGAAGCAGCUUUUGACACUCAUCUAAUCACAUCAGUCGCAAGGCAAACCUCCCCUUUAAGAAGUGACAGAGGUUGACUAAAGGGAGCGUACACAUGUAGAGAACUAUAUAUUACUUCAUGUUACGUAUUUAUAGGAGAAGCUAGUCUGCUAAGAGCAGUUCCACAAAGAACGACAGUGUACUCAUUUGUAAAUAAUGUACAAUGAUGCUGGACAGAAGUGAGCGUGAGAGAGGGGUGUGUGCUGUGACACUGCGCCAAAUGAUUGUUUGUAAUUUUAUUUGAUAUAUUUUUUAACAUAAAAAAAAAACAUUCUGGACAGAGUUUCUGAAGCUUAAGAGGUGGGCGGUCGCACCAAAGAGACGAAAAGUUUUUUAUUAGUUCACCCCAAAUGUUCAUUGGCGCUAGUUGGUUCAUAUUUGUCUGUAUUGACCAACUAGUUCCAGCUUGUUUAUCUAGAAACCUGGCGUUACUCCGACAUAAGGUCGCUGUUAAGUGUCAACUCUGUUGUUUUUAAAUGAAAUAUAAAUAUUUGCACAUGUAUGUCUUUUUCUUUCUUUCUUUUUUUAAAAAAAAAAAUGUGUGGGGAAUCGUAAACGUCGCCUAAAUUCCUCUAGUCAAAUGUAGAUAAAAAAUAAAUAAAUGUCAAAAUCUUAGAAAUAUAGCUUUGGAAUUGUAACCACCUUAAAGGAGUUUAAAGGAAAAGAAAUCACUCUAAUGACUUGGUUUGGUAAGACUUCAGGAGAUGGUUAGCUUAGCGUAGCUUAGCGUAGCUUAGCAUACAGAUGGGGAAACUGUAAAUGUGCGUAGCCGGCAUAAUCAUGAAGAAAUAACUGAAAUCUUCAUAAUUAUGACUCGGUUGAAUAUGUUAGGAGACACUUAGCUUAGCUUAGCAUAGCUCAGACAGGGAUACUGUUUGAAGUAAAGAAAACCCCCCUAGUAGAAUCUGUGAGCUUUAAUCUAUUUAUGAGCAUAAUCUUAGAGUCAGGCUUGUAUCGACCAAUCACAUUUGAGCAGCUACCUUAAAAAUCCUUAAAACAUUUUAACACAAAGACGUCGUAAGGCUAAUUCUGUAUUUAACACUACUAGUGAUAAAAGUUGCUCCACGGUCAAGUGUGACCAGCUACGUUAUCGCAGAGUUGUCGUUGGAAGUGUUGCUCAGGAUUUUACUGACGUUGUCGGUGACGUGUUUGCGCCAUUGGAUGCCAAAAAAAAAUGGCGGCGCCGGAUUAACCAGAAAGAUUUGCAAUGACAAAGUGUCGAGGGGUCAGUUAAUAUCUGUUUUUUGUGUUUUUUGUUAAAUAAGUCUUUGAGGACCUGACCGCAGAUUUUCUCACCUAUGUUAGCUGCUUCCAGUCUGUGCGCUAAUCUAAGCUAACCAGCUGCUGACUUUGUAUUUAACAGGCAGAGGGCGAUGUCUCUUUUUCAAAUUAUUCCCUGAAUAGUGAAUUAUUCUGCCAUGACGCUAAGUUGUACUUCAACCAUGUUUUCUUUGUGCAGUGAAGCUGCCAUGUGAAAUACCUUUAAAACUGUACGACGCAGCCGCCCUCUAGUGGCAGCACGGGAAAAGAUGACAAUCAUUCUUAUAAAUUCACAAAGUCACCUGUGAGUUUGUGAAUUUCAAAGAUAAUUUUUGAGAGUCAAGGGACUCUUUAAACUAAAACUAUCACUUCUGUUCAUUUAUUUAUAGAUUAUGAGUCUUCCAACUUUCCCUUUUGCUGGUAGAACUUUACGGAAUAAGAGAAAUCUGCUGUGGGAAAUCACAAAGAAUGCACUAAAAAGUCAACAUUGGUCUUAAAUUUUAAAUGACUGGUGUCAAUGCUAAUACUUGUUUUGUUGAACAUCACAUUGAACACGAUAUUUGUUAUCAGCUCACAGGAUGUGAAGCCUGUUUGAUGUUAUGUGGCCAUACUCAGCCAAAGAGUGUAUUGUGACCUUUGACCUCCACAACGUAUAGACCUUUGCCUUGUUGUCUUCACAUCAAGAAAGUAUUUUUACAUUGAUACAUAGAAAUAUAUAUGUAAACAUGCAUUUUAUGUCUUUUUUUUUUAAUCAUUUGUGUUUUCCACCUCUCGUCCGCUUUGUCUCGUGUUUUAUUUUGAAAGAACCAGGAAGUGUGUCGGUUUUAACCGUCUGAUUUUAAAGCUUGAGUUGGUCGUCUGAAAAGUCGCUUCUUCUUUCGUCUUCUUAAUUUAUCUUGUGCCUUAAAAAUUCACACGACCCAGUGAUAUUUACGUGUAUAAAUAAAGAAGAGAGGAAAUGUAUCAGAAUGUGUAAAAAAAUGAUAAAAACUCUGUUAAAAUGAAUAAAGAGCUUUAAGCUACAGCAGCGUGGA